CCGGCGGGUUGCUGGGGCGCCUCCACCUCCUCUUCCUAAAGCGGCGAGGCGCAGACGUGCGGCAUCACUGGAGUCCAGGUCCCAGCCACCGCCGCGCAAACAACCCUGCCUUCAGGAAGAGGAGCAAAACCCUGAGCGCCUGCGACGGCGGCGGGCGGCUGGCAGAAAGGCCCCGAUCGAGAAGCCUGGGAGAGUCACCGAGCUACCCCUAUAGGAGGAGCCAGUCUGAGUCCGAGGCGCCACCGCAGCUGAAGCAGUGCGAAGUAGCAGUUGUGUCCAUGGCCCACUCACCGGUGGCUGUUCAAGUGCCCGGGAUGCAGAAUAAUAUAGCUGACCCAGAAGAGCUGUUCACAAAAUUAGAGCGCAUUGGAAAAGGCUCAUUUGGAGAAGUUUUCAAAGGAAUCGAUAACCGUACUCAGCAAGUGGUUGCGAUUAAAAUCAUUGACCUUGAGGAAGCCGAGGAUGAAAUAGAAGACAUCCAGCAAGAAAUAACUGUUUUGAGUCAGUGCGACAGCUCAUAUGUAACAAAAUACUAUGGGUCAUAUUUAAAGGGUUCAAAACUAUGGAUAAUAAUGGAAUACCUGGGUGGCGGCUCAGCACUGGAUCUUCUGCGUGCUGGUCCAUUUGAUGAGUUCCAGAUUGCCACCAUGCUGAAGGAGAUUUUGAAAGGUCUGGACUAUCUACAUUCAGAAAAGAAAAUUCAUCGAGACAUUAAAGCUGCCAAUGUCUUGCUUUCAGAACAAGGAGAUGUUAAACUUGCUGACUUUGGAGUUGCUGGCCAGCUGACAGAUACACAAAUUAAAAGAAACACCUUUGUGGGAACUCCAUUUUGGAUGGCUCCUGAAGUUAUUCAGCAGUCAGCUUAUGACUCUAAAGCUGACAUUUGGUCUUUGGGAAUUACUGCUAUUGAACUUGCCAAGGGAGAGCCACCUAAUUCUGACAUGCAUCCAAUGAGAGUUCUGUUUCUUAUUCCAAAAAACAAUCCUCCAACUCUUGUUGGAGACUUUACUAAGUCUUUCAAGGAGUUUAUUGAUGCUUGCUUGAAUAAAGAUCCAUCGUUUCGUCCUACAGCUAAAGAACUUCUGAAACACAAAUUCAUUGUAAAAAAUUCAAAGAAGACUUCUUAUCUGACUGAACUGAUUGAUCGUUUUAAGAGAUGGAAAGCUGAAGGACACAGUGAUGAUGAAUCUGAUUCCGAGGGCUCUGACUCGGAAUCCACCAGCAGGGAAGAUAAUACUCAUCCUGAAUGGAGUUUCACCACUGUGCGAAAGAAGCCUGAUCCAAAGAAACUACAGAAUGGGGCGGAGCAAGAUCUUGUGCAAACCUUGAGCUGUUUGUCUAUGAUAAUCACACCUGCAUUUGCUGAACUUAAGCAGCAGGAUGAGAAUAAUGCAAGCAGAAACCAGGCGAUCGAGGAGCUUGAGAAAAGUAUUGCUGUUGCCGAAGCUGCUUGUCCUGGCAUCACAGACAAAAUGGUGAAGAAAUUAAUUGAAAAAUUUCAAAAGUGUUCUGCAGAUGAAUCCUCUUAAGAAAUUUGUUACUGUCAUUGGUUUCUGUUUCAUACGGAUCCAAAGAAUCCCACCAAAGCUAUGUCAAGCUUAACAGUGCUUAACUCAUGAGCUCCAUGUGCCUUUUGGAUCUUUGCAACAUUGAAGAUGUAGAAGAAGCUGUUCAACCAUUUUGUGAUGGUGGUUAUCAUUUUGUAUUUUACAAAGAUUAUUUUGUAAGGAAUAAUUUUAAUACUAUAGUUUCACCUGUAUUGUAGUAAAUGUUGAGAUACAGUUUUUGAUUUUAGGUAUCAUUGUUUCUUAAGUUACUAGAAUGAAUACCAUUUGGUUUUUAAUCUUUAGUUAACUGUACACUCAUGAAACAUACAGGUAUUUGAAAGCUAUCCUAAAUAUUCAACUUUUGUAAAUCAUCAAGCUCCGAAAAGCAUUCUUUUGUUUAUGCAAGCAUCUUCCAAAAACGGCUGUCUGUAGGGAGGUAGAAAUAUGUUAUGCCCUCUUAAAAGUUUUUUUAAAUAAGCUCUUG